UGAAAAAAAGAAAAAGGCUCGGUGGCGUGAGUAGUUCUGUUGAGAUCCGCAUAAGCAAAUCAAUCAUCCUGUUCCUUCCUUAUCUCUGUCUCUGCAUUUCCCUCCCUAAAACCCUAAUUCUACAUUUGGAAAGGAAAUCUCAAAUCUAAUGACUAAUUAAUCAAUCAAUCGUAUUAAUAAUCCAUCGAUCAAGUAUGGAGUCCGAACUCAAAGACCUCAAUUCGAAGCCACCCAACUGCAACGGCAACGCCAACAGCGUUUGCGACGACCGUCCUCUGCUGAAGCCGGAGCCUCCGGCCUCCUCCGACAGCAUCGCCGAGAUGGAGAAGAAGUUCGCCGCGUACGUCCGCCGCGACGUGUACGGCACCAUGGGACGCGGCGAGUUGCCAGCGAAGGAGAAGCUCUUGCUCGGCUUCGCGUUGGUCACUCUCCUCCCCAUUCGAGUCGUUCUCGCCGUCACCAUAUUGCUCUUCUAUUACUUAAUUUGUAGGGUUUGCACUCUCUUCUCUGCUCCGACCGGCGAGGAGGAACAGGAAGAUUACGCUCAUAUGAGUGGGUUGAGGAGAACCGUCAUUGUUUCGUGUGGACGCGCCCUCUCCAGAGUCAUGCUCUUCAUUUUCGGCUUUUAUUGGAUCCCCGAAUCCAACUCUGCCUCUCAGGAAGACCGGAGUCAGCCUGAAGAGUUGGGGAGACCUAGCGUAAUAAUAUCUAAUCAUGUGUCAUACUUGGAUAUUUUGUAUCACAUGUCGUCCUCAUUCCCAAGUUUUGUUGCUAAGAGAUCAGUGGCUAAACUUCCGCUCAUUGGUCUCAUCAGCAAGUGCCUUGGUUGUGUGUAUGUUCAGCGGGAAUCAAAGUCAUCGGACUUCAAGGGUGUUUCAGCUGUUGUCACUGACAGAAUUCAAGAAGCUCAUCAGAAUGAGUCUGCUCCAUUAAUGAUGUUAUUUCCAGAAGGAACAACCACAAAUGGAGAGUUCCUCCUUCCAUUCAAGACUGGUGGUUUUUUGGCAAAGGCACCAGUACUUCCUGUGAUUUUAAGAUAUCAUUACCAGAGAUUUAGCCCCGCCUGGGAUUCCAUAUCUGGGGUGCGCCAUGUAAUAUUUCUCCUGUGUCAGUUUGUGAAUUAUAUGGAGGUGAUCCGAGUACCUGUUUACCAUCCCUCACAGCAGGAGAUGAAUGAUCCCAAACUAUAUGCUAAUAAUGUUAGAAGGUUGAUGGCUACUGAGGGUAAUUUGAUACUUUCUGAUAUUGGGUUAGCUGAAAAACGAAUAUAUCACGCUGCUCUCAAUGGUUUGUUUUCCCAAUGCUAAUUCUUCGGAUUCGUGGUCUGUAUAUUCAUUGUAUGGUUCCAUUAUUUAUCAGGAAAGAAAAGGAAAUUAAUAUAGAAAAUUCUGUGCAGAACAUGUAUUUAUCUGAUAACUGCCUCUAGAGCAUCAACGAAUUUCUGAGCAGAGGCUAAAUGUAUCUAUAUUUUUGGUCAAUUUGUAGGAUCAAUAGGAUCCACUUCAAAUAUAGGGUGUUACAAUGUAUGAUUUCCGAUUCAUGUUAUUCUUCAAUGUUUGUUGCAUUAGGUAGAACAAGUCGAACAAUAACACUCCUUAAAAGGGAAAAUAUCAAACCGUCUAACAAUGGACACUGA